CAAGUAAAAAAAAUUCAUCACCAAAAGCUUAUAUAACCGCACAAGAAGUGCAUCAUUGACAUUUCUUCAUUGCGGUUAGGCGAUAACAAUGGAUUCGGACAAAGUUGUACGCGCCAUGGCGCGUUGGUGGCAGACUGUCAGUCAAGAGGACAAUGACCCCAGCGCCCGAAAUCCGAUGCUCUAUGACCCACUGCAGGACGGUGUGGUUAGGACUUCCAAAAGGAUGCAGUACGUUGCCGCACUGGUUGUUUGUCUCGGUGCUGUAGCUGCUGGCACAGCAUUAGCAUGGACCUCGCCAGUGUUGCCACAAAUUAGCGCUCCUCCUGUAACAAAUGCGACUAUUACAAACUCGACCAUUACAAAUUCGACCAUUACAAAUUCGACAAUUUCCAAUGAGACGAUAUCAGCGACAACAUUGGCGCCGCCGCCCGUUGACCCUUCAGGGUUGCAAUUAACGGUCGAGCAACAAACAUGGGUUAGUUCUCUAGUUGCUAUUGGUGCUUUCUUCGGUGCCUUACCCACUGGUUAUAUAGCUGAUGCAAUUGGCAGACGUUACACCGCACUUAUUAUGGAUGUACCUUUCAUUGUGGCAUGGCUGGCGAUUAUCUUUGCCAAAUCGCCUGGAAUGUUGUAUUUUGGGCGUUUCGUAAUUGGCAUUUCAACCGGAAGCUUUUGUGUAGUUACACCCAUGUACAUAUCGGAGAUCGCGGAGACAAGCAUACGUGGCACUCUGGGCACACUGUUUCAACUGCUGUUAACCUUUGGCAUAUUGCUGGUUUACCUUAUUGGUGCAGUGGUGUCUUGGACUACGCUGAGUGUCUUGUGCCUAAUGGUGCCGAUCGCGCUAUUCAUUGGCAUGUUAAUAUUACCAGAGACGCCUACCUAUUUGUUGAAGAAGGGUCGUCGCGGUGAUGCUGCUCUGUCGCUGAAAUGGCUUUGGGGUCGCUAUUGUGACUCACGCUCGGCAAUACAAAUGAUUCAAGCAGAUCUGGAUCAAGCCGGCUCGGAUGCCUCUUUCAUCGAUCUGUUCCGCAAUCGCGCUGCUUUCCAAGGUCUCAUCAUCUCUAUGUUGCUUAUGUUUUUCCAGCAGUUCUCUGGCAUCAAUGCAGUCAUCUUCUAUACGGUGCCCAUCUUUCAGUCGGCGGGCAGCACUUUGGAUCCAUCAAUUUGCUCAAUUAUUGUCGCUUUCGUAUUGGUUGUUAUGACGCUAGCCUCUUCCUUUUUAAUUGAACGCGCUGGCCGUAAAGUGCUUUUGCUCUUUAGCAGUAGCCUGAUGACUGUGUGUUUGGUCAUUUUGGGUAUUUACUUCCAAAUGAAAGACGGUGGCAAAGAUGUGUCCGGAAUUGGUUGGAUGCCACUACUUUGCGUUGUGAUAUUCAUGAUCGUGUUCUCAGUGGGUUAUGGCCCUAUUCCCUGGCUUAUGAUGGGCGAACUCUUCCUGCCCGAUGUAAAGGCGACCGCUGUAGCGCUGACUGUUAUGGCGAAUUGGUUCUCAGUUUUCAUGGUGACCAAGUGCUUUGGCUCGAUGGUCACCGCCUGGGGUUCGGAUAUGACUUUCUGGUUUUUUGCUUUUUGUAUGCUUGUAGCGACCUUGUAUGUGGCAUUCAUGGUGUUGGAGACAAAGGGGCGCAGCUCUUCUCAAAUACAAAUGUGGCUCAGUGGCGGCAAACUGUGAAUGUAUUUGUGGACACAUUUGUACUUCCAGUUUGAUUCUAGUUUCUAAGCUAUAAGUUUGUUAUGUAACUGAUCAAUUGUAAAUUGAUAGCGGAAACCAAAAGUGCUCGAUGGUAGUAGAAUUAUACAGUCCGUAGCGCGCAAAAGCGCGAAUAAAUGCGCAACUGUUAUGCCAAUAAAUACUUCAAUAUCGUCUUUCGCUCAUUUUCACAGCUGAUUUUUGUUUUCUUAAUAAUUGUAAGUAGUUUUAAAUUAUUGUAGUUGAAAAAUCUGUGUAUGUACAAUUUGUUAUCAACCGUUAAUAAGAUUUAGAAUUUUAAAAAUUUUAUUUUCAAUUAUCAAUUACGAAGUUGUGAAAGAAACAAUUGAGCCUGCGUAGAAUACUUGUGUGAAAUCAUUUUGUAGACUUCCUAUUAAUUUAAGCGUAAAUGUAAAUUACUUUAAUACUUAAUAAAGCAA